AAUCUUCGAUAGGCGCCGGUAAACCAAACUCCUUUCAUAUUGUCAUUGUUGAUGUAAAUACUCACCGGACGAGUGCAAGCGUGGAAAGAUGGCCCAAACGAGCUCCAUGAAGCUGCUGGGCGCCCGCAACAUGUCCUGCAUUGUGGAGCGCAUGGAGUGGAACAACAAGAUGGAUCUGAUUGCCUACGGAACGGAGAAGGGCGAGGUGGUCAUCCAGCGACUGAACUGGCAGAAGAUCGUCACGUUUCCCACGCCCGGCGAGGAUGUGCGGGUGCGCUCCUUGAGCUGGCAAAUGGACGAGACGCUCCUGGCCGUCGGCUACAGCAACGGCAAGGUGGCGCUCUUGGACGCGGAGAGUGAGACGAUCAUCUCGGGCCUGAUCUAUGAGGACGACAUCAAGAAGGUCUACUUCAGCAAGGCCAUUAACUCGCAAGAGAACCUAGGUACCUACACCUGCAAUGCGAAGGACAAGCACAGAAAGUACCUGCCCAAACUGCAGCCACUGACCAAUAUCGAUCCCUGCCUGAAAACUCUUGACCAGAAGUCGUUUCCGAAGGGGUCGCCCUGCUUCCUGGUGGUGAUAAUGCGAAGUGGCAAGGUGCACCUUCUGCUCCUCGGUGCCCUGCAGGCGGGAAGCAUUGAUCUCACACAGCACAUUCUGCAUCCGGAGCAGUUCGAUGUGUACGAUGUGCGCCUGAACGGGGACUUUAAUGCCAUUUAUGCUCUCUUGAGGGACGGCCAGGAGCUGAAGAUGCUGCACUUUCACAACCAGGUGCUGCAGGAGUGCAUGGCACCCAUGCUGGAACUGGCCACGCAUUGUGCCCACAUCCUGGAAACGAAAAACUACAUAAAUGACACGCAGCAAUGCUUGACAGAAGCCUGGGAAACUGUGCAGCUGGAGAUGGACAACAAGCUGACCAAGUACGCCAACUCCCAGCCCUACGGACAGAUCUCUGCCCACUUCCUGGAGCUGCAUGUCUUCGGAUUCGCUACCUUCGAGGUAGAGGAGUUUCUGUUCGAAACUCUGUCCGAGAAGGGCUUCAAGAAGAUUGCCAACUCGGUGGACCUCAGUCUGAGCAACCUGCAAGGCUUGGUGUUCAAGCAGCUGAACGGAUCGGCCAUCAAUAUGUUCUAUUUCCUCAACACGAUCGCGGGAUUCGGUCGAAUGUCGCACUUCUUCGAGUCGCUCAUUUCGCCGGAUGUGGCCAACGAGGCGAUGCGAGCUUGUGGAGCCUUUGUCCUAAAAGUUUACGAACUGCAGCGAACGAUCGACACUUUGGUGUACAACAUGAAGCUCUUCCAUGCCUGGAUGAUAUUCACGAUACUCCGUCUGUCCCAUCAGGAGAUUCCCGAUGACCUAGUGCUCACCGAGGAGGAGAACAUUGCGUUGGCCGACUUUCUGUGCGCCAUGGAACCGGACAUAGAGGACCGCAGCGACGACGAGGACGAUAAGGACGAAGUGGUACGCGGCAAAUUCAAUCUGGAGCGAGUGGGUCAGUAUCUGGACAAUGCGUAUUUGACCCAACCGUAUCCCAAGGACCCCAGCCAGGUGUGGGAGGAGAUGGUGGCCGAAAACGACUGCCUGAGUCACUGCAAGCUGUUUGUGCCGCACGACAAGUAUCUGUCCCUUGUGCAGCAGCGCGACAAGAUGUUCAAUGCAAUCGACGCGGUGUUCCACAAGCCAACGGAGAGCAUUAGCGGCAGUUUCAAGCUGGCCUCGACUGUCAUCUGUGGCGACCUGCCGCCCAUGGAGCCCGGCGAGGGGCUGGAGGAUCGGGAGUUCGUGACCUGCAGCUACUAUGUGAAUGAAGCGGCCAGGAGCGAUAUGCUGGCGUGCACCGUCAGCUGGCAGGAGGCCAUGAUCCUGGAGGUAAGUCGCGCGGGCGACUGUCUUGUGCGCUGCACCAGGAUACAACUGCAUCCGGGCAUCUUCACGGCACCCGUUCACGAGGACUACUAUAACCUGCGCUUCGUCGCCCUCCAGUUCUACAAUGAGUCGUCGCUUUCGUUGCUGGCCCAGACAACUAAUUCGAAUCCCGGUGUCCGUCCGCAUAGCUAUUUUAUACAAUUCUCACUGAGUGCGGCGCGGAAUCAGUGCACCCAGCACCAAAUGGGACCGCUGGUCAAGCUGAAGGACGCCACUGUGACGCACAGCAUCCAUGACAUUGUCGAUGGUGCCGCAUUCAAGGGAUUGGACGGGGUGUGCGAGAUGCUAGCCGUCUCGGGCAGCAGAAAGGUGGCCACCGUUCUCUCCGAUCGCAAACGCAAGAUGACCAUUUUCGAGAUGGAAAUUGAGGAGGAGGAGGACGAUACCGAAAUGUCGCAGGCCUCGUUCCUGGACAUCAGCAAGGAGUCUGUGCUGGCCGGCGUCACUGAUUCCGAGAAACCAGAUGCGUAGUCUCAAAUUCUUGUUAUUCCCAUAUUUUAUUAUAACUCAUUACAAUGGAUUUGCCGUGUGAUAAUUUAAGAUCGUGGAGCUUAAAUUAUUUCAAUAAUACAACAUUUAAGAAA